CAUACAAGUGUCAUCUAGCGCGGCGCGUCGCACAUCAAAAAAGAGCUAGCAAAUUUUCCUCGUCGCAGUGUUCACCACAAGUUUCGCGCAAAAACCGGCCGAGUCCUCAACUGAUCGGGAGUGUUUUUUCGCGAGUGGUUCCACUUCGAGCGCGGGGGAGUUUGACGGAAGUUUCCCCCCUUCGUCACGCCGAGUGACCUCCGUUUUCCCUGCUUGCGGCUUGGUUGUAAACAAAAGGCGUUGGUACACACAAAAAUCAAAGGAGCCGUAGCGCGCGCGUGCGGGGCUAGCGUUACGCCCCUUCCCCCAAACAAAGAGCACCGGAAAGUGGCCAACUUUGAUUAGCGGCACACACCGUCGGCGGACAACCGGAAUGAAAGAGCUGUCGGAUUUGCUGCGGGAGAUUAAUCAGUGCACCGACGACGACGUGAUGGAGUUUUGCGAGGACUUUGUCAAGCUGCAGGCGAUCUUCAAUCACACGAACCAGUUUGUGCGGUCGUUCGAUAAGAUCGUGUUUCACGGAGGAAAUGAACCGUUCAUCAUCGAGAUUGUGGCCCGGUUGGUCAAGUAUCUGCGCAUCCGGCGAUACCUGAACGAGGAAAAUAAGCCGAUUCGGGAGUGCGAGCAGCAGCUGCGCAAGAUUACGCUCUUUAUGGUGCUGAACACGGACGCGAGCUUCAAGUACGAUUUGGCGCGGGACACCCGGCUGUGCCACGUGCUGCAGACGAUUCCGCAGCUGACCAAGUGCCUGCUGAUGAACUGCAUUUGGGGGGCGAGUUUGGAGGAGUACUUUUACGAGAUUGUUGCGUACGCGCCGCAGUGGUUCAUGAUGCAGUUUGUGGACCAGGCCGUGGUCAGUAUGAAGCACGCGAAGCCGUACGAGAUUCUGGACCGGGUCGAGGCCCUGUCGAAGGCGAUGUACUACAGCAUCUGCCGGACGGAUGCGGACUGGAAGAAGGUCGACCGGAAUCGGUUCGUGGAGCGGCAGCGGACGCUGGGAAAGUUGUACGAUUCGAUGAUGGAGCUGUUGAGGAACUUUCACACGCCGGAUAUGGCCAAAUUUGAGCGGUGGUCAUCGUUGCGGAUGCACCGGUACAAAGGGUUCGCGCUGAAGGCGCUGUUCAACAUCGUGCUGCACUGUUGGGAUCUGUACUUGAACCGCAGUCUGUUCGAGGUCGAUCCGAAGAUGGCCAUCUACCAGAUUAUGGACGAGAAGCACGUGCCGCGGCAGGAGAUUCCGGAGGCGUACUCAACGGGCACGGAUUCACACCUGAUGAAGAUCAACAACAGUCUGCUGAACGCGCUGCAGAACGUCGUGAUGGACGUGACGGUGGAUGGGUUCAUGUACUGGGCGGACGUCGAUCUGUUCGAGCAGGAAGAAGCCAGCGGCAAGGAGAAGCAAACGCUGCAGCAAGCGAUCGGAGAAUCGGCGUACAAACUGUGCGAAAUUCUGAAGGAGAACAAAGUUUGCCAGCACGACGUGUUGAAGCAGCUGCCGUCGAUCGCGCUGAGGCCGCGCUCACAGGCCGAAAAGGCCAUGGACCUCACAAUGGGCGCGCUCAUGGCCAAGCUGGAGCGCACCAAAGAGAUCUUCGAACGGAAAAUGUACUUCAACGAGAUGAUCCGACGAGGCGCGGCGGUUUUCGGCAACAGCGAGUGUUUGGACCUGAUCGGGCAGAAUCUAGAGCUGGUGUCGGGAGACAACGUCCGGAAAAUGGUCGAGUACGAUAACCGGACGAAAGAAGCGGACGAGGAAGCGAUGGACGCGGACGACGAAGACGGCCCGUCGGAAGAAACGAUCAAACUAAGGGAGUUGAUCCUCAAGUCGAUCGACUACCUCCUACAAGAGGAAGCCAAUUCCCUCAUCAAGUUCAUGAUCGGAGCUUACGGCCUCGAAUACGACCUGUACAAAACCCCCUCCCUCGUCGAGCAGAUCGUCGAGUACACCAACAAGUUCAGCUCGAUGCAGCUGGACGACGACGAGUUCUUCGUGCCGAUGGCACUAAUCUUCCAAUCCCCCUCCCUAUUCUACAGCCGCCUCACCCGCUCCCUCUACGACGCCAGCUUCGCCAACGCCAACUACAUCUACGCCAUCACGCGGGUCAUCGCCCGCACCAAAACCCUGGCCGUCCCCUACCUCAGCGCCCAAAUCCAGUCCCUGCUCUCAAACCAGUUCGACAUCUGCCGCUCCAACUCCCUCUCCGUACUCGUACUCAAACUCUUCGAACUAGACCUCUUCGAGCGGAACCACUUCCUCCAGGGCUACCUGCUCGAGGGCGCCGACGAAGCCUUCCGCACCGACAACCUGCCCGCAUUCGCCGAAAUCAUCACCCUGACCCAGCUCGUCCUGGACAAGAAUCUCAACGCGUUCAAGCUGGACACGCUCCGGCAGACGGUGCUCAAACUGGCCGGCAUCGCCGAAGCCCUCCGAUACAACGUGACGCGCCUCCAGCCGGAACAUUCGCACGGCGUCGAGCGGGUCGGGCUGCUGGAGAAAAUCCUCAAGGUGAUCCUCGGGCCGGUCCGGAUGCUGCGCGCGCUGAAAGAAGAAUCCAAAAAAGCGUUCAAGGAGCAAACGGAGAAAUUCGCCCCGAUCACGCGGUUCUACUUCCAGCGCUCCUUCGCCGACGUGGCCAACGGGAAGAUCGUGCUGCAGGAGUUUGGCAAGUUCCUGUACCGGGACGAGCUGAACGAGAGUACGCCCAAGGCGCAGGUUCGGCUGUUUCUUUCCAAGACCCUGGUCCAGUGCACGACGGCGGAAGCGGAAAAGCUCGCCCGUGACCCGCUCCUCCUGCCCCACUUUGGUGACGCCGUGCUGAUCGUGCUGGUUCUGCUCACCGAACAGCAACACCACUACGAGUGCUUGAAGAACUGCCUCGCCAGCUAUCUCCACGUCGUGCAGAAACACCUUCUUCCCCCUCUGAUCGCUGCAGACGCCGCCGAUAAAUCCGCCUCCCGCACCGCCCUCGUCAAAUCGCUCGUCAAGCUGAUUGUCAAGUUGCCGGACGCGUCCCGGGACCGCCUUCUGGUGGCGCUCUCGUUCGGGCUGGCCGCCAUCGUGCAGCAGCUGCGGGCCGCGGACGCCACGCUGGAUCUGUCCGGCAUCGAGAAAGUAUUAAAGGUGGAGCAGCAGCCGCCCAAGGUUGUGGAACAGAACGGAACGGGAGGUGGUGGUGGGGAACCGCCCGAGGCGGUCGUGGCAAUGGUGACGGAGUAACGGAUUUUUUGGGGGGAGGAGAAAAAGAGAGAGAAAGGAUAAAAAACGCGCACCAGCUGUAAACGUAACGGAACGCACGUUGCGGAAGUACGGCACAACAUAAUUAAGAAAUUACCACACAAAACAAUCGAAAAGAUGAUGAGGACUUGAAGAAUUAACAAACGCUAACGAAUAAAUAAGGAAAAGUGAAAAUAA